AUGAAACCCAUUCGGGCCACGAUGGCGGUCCGUAUUGUGCCUCUGCUACUCCUCACGCUGGAGUCUGCGCCCUUGGCCGCGGCGCAUCGAGUGAAACUCGGCUCUUCUACGCCGAAAACGGAAAAUCAACAUGCGGGAAAAACCCCUGCCGAGAAAAUUGUCGAGAUGGUGACGGACGGGUCACCGGUCGGCUUUUCACCCCCCGGACGGUCGAGUACCGGGGUGGAUUCGCAAUCCGGCACGCCAGGCGGCGUGGCUUCGCCCCAAAGCUGGCGCUACGUGAGUUACUACGACCGGGCGGAUAAACCCUCGUCCGAAAUUUUUGCCCUGACGCCCGAGGAGGGUCUGACCAUUCCUGAGAUGAUGAACCCGGACAAUUUGAAGCCGGGGCAGUUCGUCGUUCGUGUCGAUUACGUCUCGCUCCUACCGCUCGCGCGGGCGCAUCUGGAAAAGGCGGCGCACAUCCGGGACACCGGGGCGGAGGAGAUCGGCUUAAAACGAACGCAGUUGCACGAGCAAGCGCAGGGAGACCAAAUCGCGACAGUUGUCGAGUCGAAGAGUGCGACGAUGCCCAAGGGUGCGCAGGUAUGAGUAGAGUCGUGCUGUGUGAUGUGUUGCAACCUCUAUUCCAACAUGAGGAGCUAGGCAGGGCAUGGACUUUUAGUACGAUACAAGUUUUACCUCAAGAGCGACAGCAUGUUUCCUGAAUUCACGUACAUGAAACUAACAGAUGUGGCUGUCUCCGUUCAUCGGAUUGCAAUCUCAUCGCAUCCUCCACGACGAUGGGCGAGACAUGAUCAAGGCCUUCGGCGCACCGAUUCCUCCGAUGGCUUUCAAGCUCCCCGAGGGUAUAUCGCCGAAGGACUACCUCGCAAUCCUCACGCCCGGUUCUGGCAUUACUGCAUGGAUGGCGCUCAACAAAGGACCCAUGGCUGAGGAGCUGAACCUAAAAGGUUGGGCGGGAAAGAAAGCACUCGUGACCAGUGCUGCGGGCGGCGUGGGAAUUGUACUUGAAUGAUGACAACUCUUUGAUAUUGUGAUGGUGCGGUGGAGCUGCCAGAUUCAUCUCAGGCUCUUUUUUCAGGUCUGAUCUUUUUUGCUCCGGAGAUGAUUGAAAGAGCAUGUGCUGGAGUUUGCUGAAAGUAAGUACUUUGGUUCAACAACAUCUGGCAUAUCAUUUCCAGGUCCUUGUCCAGCUUCUUCUCCUGAAGGGCUGCGAAGUGACUGGUGUGACUUCGACCACGGAGAAGGCAGAACGGCUGAAGGACGAGACUGGGAUUCAUCACAUAUCAAAUGUAAAAAUGUCUGGGUCUGGAAGAGUCAUGCUGUUUCUGCAUGACACAGAAGGUCUGGCAUGGAAGCUCUUGCAUCACAGGUUUCGAGAAGCUUCCGCAAUGCCGAAUCCGCAUGACCAACCCCCCAUUUUGGUGACAGAAAGUGAGCAGCUUUUGCUGCCUAUGCGUCAGAGAUUUUUGUGUGUUCUGAAAUGCGCAUCACAAGUUGCAUCCUUUCAGACCCAGACAUUUUUGCAUUUGAUAUCACACGAUCGCGUACAAGGAGGAGAAACAUUUCGAUGCCGCUAUCAUUUGGAAAAACGUCCCCACCCCAGCGUUGUCAUGCUAAUCUGCAUGCUGAAAAUAAAAAUAUUUCUCAUGCGGAGCCCCAUGAGAGAAUCAGCAUGAUGCGCUAGAUCUGUGAUGCUGCUAAACUAGCUAAGCAGGACUACAGUACGAGGCCAAACCUGUCAUGCAUAACUCCCAAGCCUUGGAGAUUUGUGUUGCAAAUUUUCCAAUUUGACUAUCGGCUGGGGACGUUUUUACCCAGGAUAGCCGCGCUCCAAAAAGUCGGCCCGUUCGACAUUUUCAUCGACAACGUGGGCGGCUGGCAGUUGGACGCGGGGAUCAAGGCCAUGGCGAAGCUCGGACAGAUCCUGAUGAUGGGGGCGAUCUCGGAGCACGCAAACUACAACAUGGGCAAGAUUCGCGGAAUCAAGGAAUACCUCGAUUUCCCGGCCAAGGAGCUGACGAUGCGCGGCUUCAUGCUCACGAACCACAUGGGUGACAACCAAGCGAACAUGGACGACGCCCGCGGCGCGUUGAAGGAGCGAAUCCUGAAGAAGAAAGUCCGCCCGGUGGUGACGCUGAAAUGGUACCGAAAAUUUUCGGACUUCGCGGAGGAACUAGACAACAUGCUGUGUGGGGACGGAUUUGGCCGCGUGGUACUCGAGAUUUGGCACGAGGAGGACAAGAGAACACCAGACUUUCAGUCGGGCGAAGAGGCUUCGCAAUUUCUGGCAAAUGCGGUAGCAUCGCUGAGAGUAGCAGUAGGAGACCCGGAACUCGAAGUGGAUCCACAUUUUUUAUCCGCUCUCGAUCCAAAUCUUAAUCGUCCUAUUCGGGGUCCACGUAUGCCAUUAGGUCAUCCUGUGAACUCUCCCGCAGAAGUGGAAACCGGGAUUGCCGCUGUCGAGGCACUUUGGAACAAGCGGCUCACGUACUACGAUGAAAAAAAUCUGGACGGUUACUUCCAGGACGUGGCGCACGAUAUCGUUCUUUUCUGGGGCUCCCGCACUGGGAAGCUGGGCGCGAUCCGCACUUUCACCGGGGAAACCGCGGUCCGGGGCUUCGUUGAGUCAAUGUGUGGGAAGCAUCCUUACACCCACCAUCUUCUCAAUCAAAAAGUGAGAUACAUCACGGAAACGGAUCCCGAAUACGAAAUUCGGGAGCGAGGUCUGAUUCGGAUCGAGUCCGACGCAAAAGCGGCCCCCGCGGUGCCGGAGAGUGUGCAUAAGGGGAAAAUGCCGACCAUCUACGGAACGUUUACGGGUUACUACGCUAGACGGCCGGAGGGGGUGGAAGGUCAAAGACGCUAUGGAUGGCGACUGGUGAAAUUGCUCAAUUGGUUUGAGUAGGGAAGACGAGGAAAUUGAAAUCACACGACUUCACUGGCUAGGGAUGAUGUCGUGUCGGGGCAUGUGUUGAGAUGAAAAUCUAGAGAGGUUAAGUAAAAAAUGGCUGGUGUAGAAAAAUGUAAAUGCAAAGCUGCGAUCCGAAGGUUGCUGAGGAUCGCGCAAAAAUGGUGAUCAGCACAAUUAGUGACGCAAAAAUAACGAAAAUGAGAAUGAGAUGCAGCCAAUCCGAAUCCUUUCUAUUGCACUGACAGAAAGCAGAUGUGUGGAAGAUGCAAGCGCCGUCCGCCGAAAAACGAUUCAGCUCAUGUGUAUCAGUAAGCGUAAACACUCAACAAAU